UCUGCUAUUGCCCACUUAACACAGAAAUGCUAUGUAUAUAUUUUAUCAUAGUUUUAGUAUUGUGCAGAUGUUUAUUGAGAAACAACAUAUCGAAAGUGAGUAAUGGAAAACGACAAUUGUGUGUUUUUUGUGAAAAUUCAUGUUUCCGAAGAAUCAGACAAACUUGAUUCAAUUUCAGUUGAGGAAGAUGUGCAGGGGAAGAUAUUCUUUACACACCAAUUAAACGAUUCUGGCAGUUCUGAUACAUUGUCUAUACAUCAUGAAUUCGCUGGAAAUUCUUCGUUAUCAUCACAUCAAAAGAAACAUAGAACAUCGAUUUUAGAUGAUUUUAAACUAUUUCCAAACGAGUCUACACGUAAAAAUUUAAUACGUGCCAUACUUACUCUUACUUGUAUGUUUGUUGUAUUAAGUGGAAUUUUACUAAUAGUUACAUUAAACAUGUCUGAAGAAAUAGACGAUAAAGUGAGACAAUCUAACGUUUUACUAAGACAAAAGACAGUUACCAAAACAUCUAUGCACACGCCAAUACUGGUUGAAAUUUCCAACUCCACAGAGCCUUGACACUUGGUGAAUUCUUACCAGUGAUAAACCAUGAGAAAAUUUCCUAAGAUCAUCGCCAUUGGAAGUUUGGAUAACGGAUAGAUUUCCAUCAUACAAUUACUGUAGAAAAAUUAUCUGUAAUUAUACUCUAGACGUACGAUAGAAAGGUUAAUAGCAUUGAUCAAAAUACACAUGUACCGAAAUAUUAUGCAAUUAUGUAGAAAUCUAGUUAGACUGAGAUUGCUUUGAUGUCUCAAGUCACUGAGAACAAAAAGGAAGAAAGCAUGGCACAUGUCUUGGCAUAUUAUGAAGUAUUUACAUUUUUUCUGUUAUAAGGAAGACAAUUCAUAUGCAUAAGAUGUCUCUUCUACGUUAAAGUUGCACUGCAGUUUGGUCAUUUGUUGGAUGUAUAAACAUUUAUAUCUAACUUUUAAAAGAUGCUUUAAAUGGGUGGAUCAAAUAAAUUUCGAAUUUUCAUAACUUUUUAAAAUUUGUAUUACAAUUGAAGCCAUGAAGAUAAUUAAAACAACAUGAUUUACCAAAUGUAUUCUAUUUCAAUAACGAUUGGAUGUCUAUAUAUACAUGUACCAGUCUAGUAUGAUCGAACAUGUCAGCGAUCACAUUUAAUACUUAUUGUAUAUUAUAAUAUGAGUUCAUUAGUGAUAAUAAAGCAAA